GGGGGGGAGGGGGCGGGCUAUAAGAGAGCAGCCCGCGGGCUCCUGAUAGCACUGCUGGACCCUGAGCGCUGCCCUGCCGGACAGGUUUCCUGCCCUUUGCCCAGCCCGCACCAUGACUCUCUUCGACGGCGUCUACCCCUUCUACCCUCAGCCCAGGAAAGCCUUCGCCUUCGAUGUCAGCUCCAUCAUCGUCAUCGCCGUCUUCCUGUCGCUGGCGCUCAGCUUCCUGCUCAUCCUGCCGGGGAUCCGCGGCCGAGAGAGGCUGUAUUGGCUACUUCGGGUUAUCCUGAGCCUUUUCAUCGGGGCAGUGAUUGUUGCUGUGCAGUUCACCGGGGACUGGGAAACUGGCCAGGUGACAGCAAACACCUCCUACAAAUCCUUCAGCCGCACCAUGGUGAAUGCAGACGUUGGUCUGCACAUCGGCUUGGGGGGAGUCAACGUCACGCUAGUAGGGAAGCCAGUGAAUCAGAUCAAUGAAACCAUCAACUACAACGAGCACUUUGCCUGGCGCUUUGGAGAAAACUACGACCAAAUCUACAAUGAGGGCCUGGUGAAGGGGCUGCCCAGCCCCAUCCUAUACGUGGCAGAGAAGUUCACCCGGCAGAGCCCCUGUGGUGUGUACAGCCAGUACAGGAUCUCCGGCCAUUACGCAUCAGCAACUCUCUGGGUGGCAUUUUGUGCUUGGCUCAUUGCCAACAUGCUCUUUUCCAUGCCAGUCCCAGUCUAUGGGGGCUACAUGAUCCUGGUCACUGGGGCCUUCAUGAUCUUCUCGCUGCUCUCCUUCUCCACGGUCAGGAACUCCCCCAUGUGCGCCAUCCAGUUCGGUCCAGCCUCCUUGCAGACUGUCUACGGGGCGUCCUUCUGGCUCAUGCUUGCAACAAGCUUGCUGUGUUUCCUGAUUGGGGUGGUAGUGGUUGUGCUGCACUACUUCCGACCUAAGGCACUGAAAGCCUUCUUUGAUCUGAAUGAGGACAAAGAGGAAGGGAACAUGAUGCUGGGGGAAGCGUAUGGCAACCCCCACUUCUGGCCAAGCAAAAAGGAUCCUCAUGACAACUAUGCACUGACCAUCAAGGCGGUCUAGAGGAAGCUCCUCCUCCCUCCCUAGUUGGACCCUAAACAUGAGGGAGCGGAGCAUUAUGGAGUCCAGAUCCUUCUCCAGCUCUCCACCGAGAUUGAACUCGCACAUCCUGUUGGCACCUCAGAAAUCAGCGAGCGCCUUGCCAUGCUCUGCUAGGCUGAGAACCCUCCGAGUUCGUCUCCUCUCCAGCGACCUCCAGAGAAAGGGAAGGCGCUGCCCCGUAGCCAGCAGGGACUCAGCACACGUGUUGAGCUGCAUAGUCACUCUGCUCAAAUGGGUUCACAGGAGCCAUUUCCGCUUGCACUUCCGCACCCUUUCUGGAGUCAGGUCGAAACCCUCCCUUCUCCCACUGGACUCACACCUGGCUACAGAUGUUGAACCCAUGAGUAGGGGGACUGGAAUCUCACAUGCAGAGGCUGUGACACCCACAUACAGUAAGUAUGUGAGACACACUCUGAUCCUGCAGGUGGGACUGAAAUGCUACUGGCAUCCAGUAUUCUACGUAACAGACUGAAAAGGCCAAACCCAAUAUGAAGAAUAUUGGGGCUGUUUAGUAUGUUCAAUGAGCAGCCAUGGACAGGGGAUGGGGUAGGGCAGGGGAAGGGCGGGAGGGGGAGAUCACAAAGAACAACAAUCAAGCCAUGCAGUGACUGACUAAUGAGCUAAUUUUAAUUAACCCUAAUUAAUGAGCUGCCUCCUGCUGCAGUCCCGCUGGUCAGCACUGCACCUCUCUCUCUGUUCGGGAGGGCAGCUGUAAUAUUGGCAUGACAAGACAGCAGGGGAGCGUUGCAUUAAAGCACUGCCAGGAACUGCAGGUAUAGGUACAGCAAGGGGGUAGAAGUACCUUCCUGGGGAGCAAACAUUGCUGACUAAAGAGCUUUAAUCUAGCAGCGAAAGGCAGCACAAGAACCAAUGGCUGGAGGUUAAAGCCAGCCAAAUUCAAAGUGGAGAGAUGGCCCCAGUUGUUAACAGUGAGGGAGUGUAACAACUGGCACAAACUCCAAAGGCGGGGUGGAUUCUCCAUCUCUGCAAGUUUUCAAGUUCCAGCUGGCAUCUUUCUGGGCCUCAUAGCCUUUAAGGCCAGAAGGGACCAUCACAGCCUCCUGCGUGUUACAGGUCACAGAACCUCCCCCACCCACUUUGGCAAAAGGACCAUAACACAAGUUAUGGGGCUCAAUACCGGGGCAACGGGGGUGAAAUUCUCUGGCCCGUGCCAUAUGGGAGGGUUACACUAGAUGACCCGAUGGUCCAUUCGGGCCUUAAAACCUGUGUAUCCCUGCCUGCUUCAGCAGCCACAUGGGGCAGGCGCUGUAUGCUGCCUGUAGCUAAUAUCAGAGCCACUUGCUGGAACAAGGGCUUAGGGAGGUUUCACUUUAAAAAGAGAUGCAUGGGUGGGUACAAAGUUGAAUGACUCCUAAAGCCAUGGAUUCAGUCCUGUGUACCCCUGAUCCCAGUCAUACCCCCAGGUGCCACGGCUUCACUGGCACCUGAGCCAGCCAGUCCUUUGUGUUAGGCUAGCCCACCCUCAUGUUCCCCCUGUAGCUCUCAAACUCUAGAGACCUAGGACACACUUGGGGCCCCACCCCUUGGAGAUCUAGCUCCUUGUUCCCCGGGGGAGGCAGCACUUGAGUUCACCAUCACCUACUGCUUCCGGAGACCCUGCUGUCACCUCCCUGGUGCUGUGAGUCACCACCCCAGGGCCAGGUCUUUGAGCCCAGUCUCUGAGCCCUCUGUAAAUCUCCCUGUGGUCAUCCAAGCCUCUUGCAGGGUGUCCAUGAAUGGGCUGGGGCAAAGGAUUUGUGGGGUAAGUGCCCAUGGGCAGGCAAGCUCCGUAAAGGCUGAGCAUGGGGCCCAAAGGCAGAUGGUCGCAUGGCAGCACCUGACUGUCUGGCAGUGGGUAGGCAGUGGGGGACCGUGCCCUUGCUCCACAUGUCUGGCGGGCGGGGGGUGUUCCCUGUCGUGCUAGGAGCAGGAAUGCAGGCAUGGGGGAUGGGACUGUGCACAGACUGCCACACCAUUGUGGGGACUGGCUUCCUAAGAGAAUCUUCUCACAGGGCCCGAUCCUGUGAGGUGCUGAGUGGCUCUCUGGCUGGAGGAGCAAGUGCCAGUCCUAGGGCUGCACAAAAGGAAAGCAGUGUGUUUGAAGUGGCCUGGCUCCUUUUGCCAAACCUGGGCCUGACCUCAAGCAAGCUAUGACUUAGCGUGCAGUGAAGCCGACAGCACCAUGGCGUGCAGCCGCUCAGGGGAUUGGGCAGCUCUCUGUACUGAGUUGGUCCUGAAGGCAGGCGUCACAUCACAUGGAGACUCCAUUGUCUCUUUGCCGGUUCCCCUCAGCUGGGCUGCCCUCUAUUUAUCCAACAUUCCCUGCUGCAUUUUAGCAUCUGUCCACAUGUAAUUUGUGAUGCAUCCUGGUGAGUUUUGGAGUUUGUUUAUUUAUGCUAAGAACACCGUAAUAAAAACAAUAGAAGUGUA